AUGUCGUCCCAGAAAUUGCGUAAGACGAAAUUGGACCAGACACAAAUAGCAAACCAAGCGACGCCACAACUCGGGCAAUCGACUUUGGGUGCAGCCAUUGAUUUUGACGCUCAAAGUGUUCAUUCGAGUGAAGACCAGAGUAUUCCCGACGUCGCAACAAUAGUCAUAACUGAGACUGUGAAUGAGAGUACUGCUCCAACUGCCCCCCCUAAGCGUCGGGUAGGUGUUCCCGUGACUCGAAAUUCAUUGAUAACACCACCAAACGAAAAUUUUCAAACGAAAUACUAUGGGGAAUGCCCAUUCUUUCCUAAACACCCCCCAGAAAAUAUCACUCAAGUCUACGUCACGUCCGGUAACGUCUUUUUGAUCUGUGAAGACGCCGUCUACGCAACUGGCCUUGUCAACUUCAAAGAGAAAAAGACGACGGACGUCCCUUUUAUAGCGAAGUGUAUACCCGUCGGCGUCCGGCAGAUCACGGGAAACCACAAGAAGGUCCUUAUCCUCAUCGAAGGGAAAGUUUACACGUGCAGUAAUUUGGAAGACCAAAACUGUUUAAAACGAGUUGGGGAGUUACUUGGUGUCACACAAAUAGCGUGUUCCGAAGAUCAUUACGCAGCUUUGACUACACUUGGGGAUGUGUAUUUAUGGGGAGCCAAUACAUAUGGGGAGAUUGGGAAAGAUCGUGUUGUUUCCAUGGAGCGACCGACCCGUGUUAAAGAGUUAGAUGGUAAAAAAGUUAUUAAAGUAGUCUGUAGUAAUGGGUAUACUGCCUGUCUGACUGACACGGGUGAUAUCAUUUCCCUUGGGGAAAUGACUUGGAAAAAUCCGACGAAGGUGGUUGACGUGAUAGCACUCCGAACAAAUUUGUGGGGCUUAACAGUAGAUGGGCGAGUCAUAUCUGAUGAAGGGAAUUAUAUUAGUGGGGAUUAUACUGUUGGACGGAUAACUGAAGGGUUAGGGUCUUUAGUUGGUGAUUCCAAAGGGCUUUUAUUAUCAGUUAAAAACAACGAAUGGCAGUUAGUAGAGAAUAUAGGGAGUCGGGAUUGGAGUGGGUGUGCGACUGCUUUAGUUGUGUUAGCUGGUGGGAAGAAAAUAGGGUUUGAGUUGAUAUACAAAUUAUAUAAGAAUUUUAUCACACAAAUGGAAGUGAUCAAACGGGUGUAUGUGGAUGUGUUACUUCCGACUAUUAAAGAGAAACAGAGUGAGUUAGAGAUCAAAGAAAAGAAAGAAGAGAAGAAGAAAAAGAAGCGAACGGUGUCAUAUGUUGGGGAUGAGAUGUCGUCGCAUUUCAUUAAGCUUUUAAGUCCAUUAGAAUCGUUUGAAGACCUUUAUAACGUGACUUUAGAGAUGUAUGGCUACUUAAUGAUGUUAUAUAGUAACAACUCGUGCUUCAAGAUUUGGGAGUUCUAUGAGAGGUUUUUCAGGAAAGUUGAGAAAGAGAUGAUUACAUAUGCGGAUGCCUUCCCUAAAUUGUUUGAAGUCCUUAAUAUCAUUCGAGUCGUCAAAAGUCCUUUAUUGAAAGAGAUCAGUGACAUGGAGUCGAAGAUAACAGAGGAUGAGAGUACUGACUUGUUUAAUAAACACACCGACUUGUUAACAGUCUCUAUCAUCCCUUUCAAGUUUAUGGCAAGGUUAUAUGACCUAUCAGUCCAAUAUAGAAAAGUUAAUAAAGACUUUUCUCGCUCCUAUUUUGAGCGCUUUGAGACGGUCUUAUCACGGUGCAACGAGUCUUUAAAGUUUGAAGAUAUCUUGUCUAUAGAACAUGUCUAUUCAACACCUUCAAAUGAAUUUAUCGUCUACUUAUCCCCCAUGAGAGACUUAGUCCUCCAAUUAACUCGUCCGAAUGUCAGAGAACCGAAAUAUCGAGAGAUCUUCCUCUUAAUGUUUCGACUGUAUACAUCCCCUGAAGUGGUGAUGACUCAUUUAAUCCCACACGCUUCUAUUGAAGAAACUUUGGAUAGGAAGGCACAGAUCUUAAUAGUCUUGAAGCAGUGGAUGCAAUCAUAUCCAAGCGACUUCUCAGCACUUGGUCUUGCAGAGCAACGCCUUCUCAGUUUCUUAAAGUCUUCCCGAGAGCCAUUUACGAAGAUCAAACAAGAGAAAGCCGUAGUGUUAGAAUUGUUCCAUCAAAUUAAAGGGAAACCCAAUUUUGUGGUGUACCAGCCGUUGUCUUUUGAAAGCACGGAAUUGUGUUAUACCGACUUUUUAGGAGAUGUGAAUAAAAUCUCCAAUUCGAUGACGUACGUCUACAAGAAACUCUUCAUUCGAAUCAAACAAGUCGAGUUGCUGUAUUACUUGGACAAGAAUAAAAAAGACCAAACAGGGAAUAUUAAAAAUAUGGUGGACUCUUUUAAUGGCUUGUCGAAGAUGUAUAUGACGAUGUUUAAUAAUACGCCACAAGAGAAGAAAUUAAAUCUCCUUGAAAACACUAUUAAGAUGUUGGACGUCUUCUUAAAGAGAGACAGAAACUACCACGCAAUCUGUGGUAUUGUAUUCUCCUUCGUCAGAAUCAACGACAUCGAAACUCUCAAGAAAAAGUUGCCCAGUGAUGCUAAGAAAAGAUACGAGUUCUUCGAUAACUUGUGCUUGUUCGAAAGUAACUAUAAAAACUUGAGAGAAAAAAUCGCUAAUUCAGAACAACCACUCCUCCCCUUCAUGGGAACUAUCUCGAGAGACUUGGUCUUGGCUUCGGAAUAUAACGCUUCAAAGGAAAAGGAGUUGUACAACCUUAACAAACUCAGAAUCAUGCAUGGGGUCGUCGUAGAUAUUAUUAACUAUCAACCAGGGGAACCAACUGUGCCUUCAGAAAUCGAUCAGAACUUCCAUCAGAAGUUCUGCCAGAUGCAUGGUAUUUAA